AUGCCCGGCUUCGACUACAAGUUCCUGGAGAAGCCCAAGAGACGCUUCCAGUGUCCGCUGUGCAGCAAGGCCAUGCGGGAGCCCGUUCAAGUGUCCACCUGCGGCCACCGCUUCUGUGACACCUGUCUGCAAGAAUUCCUCAGUGAGGGAGUCUUCAAGUGUCCAGAAGACCAGCUGCCUUUGGACUAUGCCAAGAUCUACCCGGACCCGGAGCUGGAGCAGCAGAUUUUAGCGCUGCCCAUCCGCUGCAUCCACAGUGAGGAGGGUUGCCGCUGGACUGGCCAGAUGAAGCAGCUGCAGGGGCACUUCUCCACCUGCGCCUUCAACGUGAUCCCGUGCCCCAACCGCUGCUCGGUGAAACUGACGCGCCGCGACCUCCCCGACCACCUGCAGCACGACUGCCCCAAGCGCAAAGUCAAGUGCGAGUUCUGCGGCAGCGAGUUCACCGGCGAGGCCUACGAGAACCACCAGGGCGUGUGUCCCCAGGAGAGCGUCUACUGCGAGAACAAAUGCGGGGCGCGGAUGAUGCGUCGCCUCCUGUCACAGCACAGCAUGGCUGAGUGUCCCAAGCGCACGCAGCCGUGCAAGUACUGCGGCAAGGAGUUUGUCUUCGACACUAUCCAGAACCACCAGUACCACUGCCCUCGCUUUCCCGUCCAGUGUCCGAACCAGUGUGGCACACCCAACAUCGCCCGCGAAGACUUGGCCAACCACGUGAAGGACAACUGUGGUAGCGCGCUGGUUCUCUGCCCCUUCAAGGACGCCGGCUGUAAACACAGAUGCCCCAAACUGGCCAUCGGCCGGCACCUGGAGGACACCACCAAGUCGCACCUGACCAUGAUGUGCAACCUGGUGGGACGCCAGCGUCAGGAGAUCCUGGAGCUGCGGCGGGAGAUGGAGGAGCUGUCGGUGAGCCACGACGGCGUCCUCAUCUGGAAGCUGAGCGACUACUCGCGCAAGCUGCAGGAGGCCAAGCUGCGCAGCAACCACGAGUUCUUCAGCCCGCCCUUCUACACGCAUCGCUAUGGCUACAAGCUACAGGUGUCGGCCUUCCUCAACGGCAACGGCAGCGGCGAGGGCUCGCACCUGUCCGUCUACAUCCGCGUGCUACCCGGCGAGUACGACAAUCUCCUGGAGUGGCCCUUCGCCUACAAGGUCACCUUCUCCAUCCUGGACCAGAGCGACCCGUCGCUGUCCAAGCCGCAGCACAUCACCGAGACGUUCAACCCGGACCCCAACUGGAAGAACUUCCAGAAGCCGUGCAGCGCCCGCAACUCGCUGGACGAGAGCACCCUGGGCUUCGGCUACCCCAAGUUCAUCUCGCACGAGGAGAUCAAGAAGAGAAACUACGUCCGCGACAACUGCGUCUUUGUAAAGGCUUCCAUCGAGAUCCCCCAGAAGAUCAUGGCUUGAGGGGAAGGACUGACUUCUUGACUGGUAAACCUGGAACACUUGGAUAACCCUUUAGAUACUUCCUACCUGACUGACUGAAGACCUCCGUGUGUCAGAACCCACAAGAAAAAACGCCUUGGAAAUCAAACAGUGCCUAGAAGUUUAUCUUUUGCUUUGUAAUCUCCACACGCAGAUUAUGGACAUGAUGGUAUGAACCCAAUGGAAGGGGGUGAAGGGUUUCACUCUCCACUUAGAGAUUGAACCUUGGAUGCAGUGGAACUCAAAGGAGAGAAGGCAGAAGCCCGCCUGCCUUGCGUUUACAUGCUCUUGUAGCCCACUGCGCUCAUGUUGUAGGUGCAGCUCCGUUCACCCUUUAUGCAAACGUCAAGCAAAGUUUUCCAGACAUAACGGCUCCCUACUAAGAAACCUUGUUCUUCUACAUAGUUGGACCACACAUCGCAUCUUCCAUAGUUGUCCGCUCCCCUGCCCCCAUGAGGUUUUACGCAAAAACAAUAAGCACCUUGUGUUGGUCUUCAGAUGAGAGCCCCCUUUGGUCUGUUUCCAUCUGGUUUGUCCCCCCCUUUGGAUUAUUGAAGUAGAAAUCGAGAGACUACGACUCUGAAAAGAAUUCUGGCUUCUGUGAUUAGAAAAACAUCUAAUCCAAUCAGGUUUGUCCCUUAGCGGAAUAAUGUUGACCAUUGUCAAUUUAGCAUGUUAGUUCGUGUGAAGGAUGUCUCCUUUCAGUAGGGAUGGGCAUAGGAAUCAGAUAAUCGGUAGGAUUUCUCACGACAAGAUCAUAUAUCUUUUAAAAAUUCAGCCCCUGAAGCCAGUUUCACUUGGCCACAUGACAUUUGGUAGGCAUGUCUAUUAUGAGUAGACCCAUAAAAAAGUCUCUGGAAACCAUUAAGUCGCAGGAAGGCUGCCAUUUUGGUUUGAAGCAGCAAUUCCUUUGGUGUUUCAAAGACAAAUUUUCCGGUUGCUACCAGAUUUAAAUCACAUAUACCAGACAAAAGGGUGAGACUAAAUUGUGAAGAUUUACGGUUUUCGUCAGUGCAUUUGGCAGAGCGUGGUGGCGAGGUUAUGUAACGCGACAUUAAAUCACGGAACUAGUAAUAACAAACUUUCCGAAAAACUCAGCCCCAAAAGCCUGUUUCACUCAGCAAAAUGAAAUUUGGUAAACAUGUUUAUUAUGAGUAGACGCACAAAAGAAGUCUCCAGGAUGCCUGUCAUUCUGGUUUGAAGCAGCCAUAUUUGCGUCAUUUUUUUCGAGGUUUCCUUCAAAGACAAACUGCAAAUAGAGAUUUUGUCCAAUUGCUGCCUAGUACAAAUGACUUAUACUAUACAAAUGAGCAACAUUAAAUAAAUAAAUUAGUAUUUUCGUCAUUGCAUGUGGGCAGAGCAUAACGACGAAACCACCGAUCAGAGAAGGGAGCGACCUCACAUGGCUCGUUGGUUCUCUGGGAUUGGUUUUGUUUUGUGAAAAGAAAAGGUAGCAGGGGGGAACCGGACCAGAAAACAUGAACUUCUGCAUCUUUAAGAGGCCAGUCGGACCAGAUAGCGGGAUCAAAACAUGCAUUUAAAAGUGUAGGAAAAGCCAUGUGGCCUUUUUAUAUAUACACUGAGCUCGCAUGAGAGGGCAAACGUAACACACGUGCAUGCUUCAUGUGCUAACACCCGGACCACAUUUUGUACUGUAACCUGUUCUCUUGAAAAUCGCUUCAUAACUAUUUUGCCCCACCCCUUUUAUUUUUGGAGAGUUUUCAAACUUUUUUUUUUAUCACUAUUACUAUUUUUUUUUUUUUGUAAACGGAAAAUGUGAACGUCACAUGUGGCUAUGCUAACCUGUUCAAUGAGACGAUGUGUUGACAUUUAGUUGUGUACAUCGAGAUGCUCUCCAUCACAGCGCCACCGACUGGACGGAGGACUGUAAAAUGUACAUUGUAUACGUCAUAUACAAAUACAGAAGCACAUUCUGUCCUUUUCCUAACACACAAAAACACACACACACACACAAGCACAUACGCACACAAAUAUACACACUGAGAUUCUCUCAUAAUACCAGCUGAUAUUUUACAGUGAUUUCAAAGACGUUUUUGUACGAUUCUGUAUUUUUGAGAAAAAAAAAAAAAAAAAUCCUUUUUGGCUGUUUUAUACUUUUCGGUUGGAGAGUCGGGGUCAACUCGGAGAUUCUGUAUGUCUGCCUGUCUGUGUGUCUGUCCGUGCGUCUCACGUGUUUGAGCCUCACGUGUUCUGUCUGCAUUAUUUUCCCCCUAAAAAAAGUAUUUAUUUUAAGGCGCCGCCAGUUGACGCAGAAAAUGUUUUAACGUGUCGUUUGAUGAGUGCUUGUCAAUUUCAUAAUUGAAAUAAAAAUACCAUAUACUGUGUUUUAAA